CAGACUUUCUCUCGAUCAAUAUAUUCUUUGUUCUUCAUGAACAAGUCUCAAAUUCGUUGGGAGCAAUAAAAUCCCAGUUGGUCUCUAACUUUCCACUCUUCCCCUUGUUUUCGUUUUCUGCUUUUAAUCUGUGAAACGAACAUGCCAGCAGAACACUUGAAAGAUUGUUUGAGGACCCUUUACGUGAUAUUUGCAUUCUGCUCUGCCCUCUGUUUGGGUGGUCUCAAAAGUUUAUUGGUGGGUCCAAUUGCUGGUCUAAUACUGAUACUAGGGAAUGUUGGGGUGAUUUUGGGGCUCUUCCCAGCACAUAUUUUAUGGACAGCAUACACUAUUUUCAAGACAAAUAGGUUUGAUGCACCCCUGAAAGUUGCUUUCUUUCUGGCUUUGCCUGCCUUAUUUGGUAUAUGGUUAGGUUUAAGCAUAGCUGGUACUGUCCUUGUUGGAGUGGGAUAUGGUUUUUUCACUCCUUGGGUUUCUGCUUUUGAGGCCUUCAGGCAUGAUGAUGAGUCCAAGAAGUUUUUCCAUUGCGUUGUGGAUGGAACUUGGGGAACUAUCAAAGGAAGCUGCACAGUUGUUCGAGAUUUUGCUGAUCUGUGCUAUCAUUCUUACCCACUUUUCCUUAAAGAAUUGCGUGAAUCCCCCUCUUCAGAGGGGCUUGAAGCUCUUAGGCUCAUCCAUGUGCCAGCAUGUAUCCUUGCUGGGAUUGUGGGGCUUAUUGUCGAAAUCCCUCUGUACGUGGCUAUUGCAAUUGUAAAGAGCCCAUACAUGUUGUUCAAAGGCUGGCAGAGACUGAUACAUGAUCUAAUCAGCCGCGAAGGGCCAUUUCUUGAAACAGCUUGUAUUCCGAUUGCUGGUUUAACCAUCCUUAUGUGGCCACUAGUUGUGAUUGGCAGCAUAAUAAUGGCUGUUUUCUCAAGCUUUUUCAUAGGAUUGUAUGCAUCUGUUGUUGUAUAUCAGGAAAGGUCAUUCAAGAGAGGCAUAGCCUACGCAAUUGCCAUGGUUGCAGAAUUUGAUGAGUACACGAAUGAUUGGCUUUACCUUCGAGAGGGAUCCAUCCUUCCAAAGCCCCGGUAUAGAAAGAAGAAGAUAUCCAAUUCUACGGAAUUUUCUAUCGGACAAAGAUCCUCAGUACAACGAAAAUUUGGUACUGAUUUUACCCAAGCACCAGCCGUAAUUGUACCGAGUUUGUCAUCUUCAAGAUCAGUGAGGGAGGCAAUACAUGAAGUGAAAAUGGUGCAGGUGUGGGGAAAUAUGAUGAGGUCAUGUGAACUAAGGGGCAAAGAGUUAUUGGACGCCAACGUAAUAACACCAGCUGACCUCUAUGAUUCAUUGAAGGCAAAGAAUGGUAAUGAAGCACCCAUUGUAGACAUUGGGUUGCCUUGUUACUCAUUCUUGCAGGCCAUCCUUUACUCCAUUAAAGCUGGAUCAGCUGGUUUAUUGCUUCUUGAUGACCUUGAGAUCACCUACCUGAAUCGUCCUCAAGACAGAUUGCUGGACUGGUUUUUCCAGCCUGUUAUGGUCCUCAAAGAACAGAUCAGAGUAAUUCAUCUCGAAGAAAGUGAGACGAGGUUCCUGGAGAAAGUACUUCUUUUCGGAAGCAAUACUGAACGGUUGAAGGAUUGGGAAAAUGGCAGUUUAAUACCUCAAGAAGCUCUAAGAGCUGCUCAGAUUGAGGGCAUCAGCAGGAGGAUGGUCGGAAUGUUAAGGAGUGUCUCGAAAUUCCCUACCUAUAGGAGGAAAUUCCGACACAUUGUGAAGGCUCUGAUCAUUUAUUCUAUAACUAAGGAGGGAUCGAAUAAGCCUACAUCUUAUCCUCUCACAAAGGAUGGUUCGAUGAGAUCAGCAUCUGUGAGAUCGGUUGCUUCCGUUGAAAUUGUGUAACACACUUUUUUUUUUCUU